AAACCAUAUGUUAAAGCAGAGUAUGCAUCCAAAUAUGAGCAUGCAAACAAAUAUGCUGACUUUUGGAGUGACAUAAGCAUAAGAAUGUACGUACAUGCUUUCUUUCGUUUUAUAUGUAGCUCUAUAAUCUAAGAACAUAAACCCUAGCUUCAAAUAAAUUAAAAAUGGUUGCUCAAGAAUCACAAAGGCUUCAUAUAGUCUUCUUUCCACUUAUGGCCGCUGGCCAUAUGAUCCCAAUCUUAGACAUGGCGAAAGUUUUCGCAACGCACCACGUUAAAGCUACCAUAGUCACAACUCCUUAUAAUGCACCAACCUUCACAAGACCACUAGAAAGUUAUAAAAACAUUGGUCCUCCAAUUGAUGUUGAAGUCAUCCCAUUUGAUACUAAAGAAGCUGGCUUUCCUGAGGGAGUCGAAAACUUUGAGCAAUUUACUUCAGAUGAAAUGACUUUGAGAUUUUUGAAGGCCAUCGAUGUGCUACAAGAAUCACUAGAGAAAGUAAUAGAGAAAUACAAGCCUAAUUGCCUAGUUGCUGAUAUGUUGUUUCCUUUUGCUACUGAUGUUGCAGCCAAAUUUAAUAUACCGAGGUUAGUAUUUCAUGGCACUAAUUACUUUUCACAAUGUUUAAUGGAUUCACUUAUUAAGUAUGAGCCUUACAAACAAGUUUUGUCCGAUGAGGAGGAAUUCGUCGUCCCCCACUUUCCUCAUGAGAUAAAAUUUAAACCAUCUCAAUUACAUACAUCCAUGAGAGGGCUAGGAGAUAAGCAGAUAAAUGAUGAAUGGAUGAACAUAUUUGUUCGUGCUAAGGAUGCUGAGGAGAGGAGCUUUGGGUUUAUUAUAAAUAGCUUCUAUGAGCUAGAGCCUGAUUACGCCGAGUAUUAUAAAAAAGUAAUGGGUAGGAGGGCAUGGCAUAUAGGUCCUGUUUCACUAUGCAACCACGGAAAAGAAGCUAAGUUCCAAAGGGGUAAGGAUUCUUCUAUUAAUGAGCAUGAGUGCCUCGAGUGGCUUGAUGCAAAGAAGCCUAGGUCAGUUGUUUAUAUUAGCUUUGGUAGCUUAGCAGAAGUCUCAACCUUGCAACUCCAAGAGAUUGCAAUGGGCCUAGAAGCUUCCAAUCAAGAUUUUAUUUGGGUGGUGAGGAGAAACAAUUAUGGGAAUGGUGAGAAGGAGAAAAAUGAGUGGUUACCACAAGAAUUUGAAAAGAGGAUGGAAGGAAAAGGACUAAUUAUAUGGGGUUGGGCACCUCAAGUGUUAAUUUUGGACCACGAAGCUAUAGGAGCAUUUGUGACACAUUGUGGAUGGAACUCGACUUUAGAAAGUGUGUCAUGUGGAGUUCCUAUGGUAACUUGGCCAGUAUUUGCCGAACAGUUUUAUAAUGAAAAGUUAGUGACAGAGAUAUUAAAGAUCGGGGUUGGUGUGGGAGCUAAGCAAUGUAACAGAGUGGUGGAGGGGACUGUGAAACGUGAAGAUAUAAAGGAGGCAAUAAGAAAAGUUAUGGUGGGUGAAGAGGCUUUAGAGAUAAGAAAUAGGGCAAAGAAGAUGAAAGAAUUGGCAAUAAGGGCUUUUGAGGACGGUGGGUCGUCAUAUUCAAACCUGCAAUCCUUAAUAAAUGAAUUGAGCUCUUAUAAUGCCUAAACAUCUUUACAUCGGUUAUGUUUUGCACUUUUGCAUUUAAUAUCCCAAGUAUCUAACAACUUCAUUCAUUGUUUAAAAAAUACAAAUCUUUGUAAGAUGUUAAUUUAUUGUGGGUUGGAUAUUGUAAUAUUGUACUAAUUUGAAUCUU